GAUUACACCCGUAAAUAAAAAUAUUGUACAAGUCAACAUUAACACACAAUGUAAUGAAGGACAACCCAUCAAUUCCGGUCUAGCAAGAUGAAUACAUUAUGAAUCGGAUAUGACGAUCAUCCUGUUCCGUUUCCGGAACGGACUUUAGUGUUCCGUCAUUUGACCAGCAGUAUUCACGGUGACAACAUGACUUCCAAAUUAGAUUGCAGACCCCAUUGCUUGGAGACAGAUUCUGCAGUGUUUUCCAAGCCUACUACGUCGGAACCUGUGCCUUCUAGAUUGGCUCCCGCUGCAAAUUUUGUCUUGUCAACAGGCACACGAGCAACCUCAGGCGAAUUCAUGAAUGCAGGGAGGUCAAUCCAUAACAUCUCUUCACCUUUCCUACUAAACUGGAACGAAUGGAAACACCCAAAAUAUGCCAAUUUUACCGAACGUUAUGCCAGCUUUAGAGAUUGGCCAAAGUUCCUCAAAGGCCCCAACAAGAAGGACUUGGCUAGAGCUGGUUUCAUCUACACCGAAAUUGGAGACAGAGUCACCUGUUUUUCGUGUGGAUUGUCUCUCAAGGACUGGGAACCCUUCGAUGAUUCCUACAAAGAACAUUUUCGUUGGUCAAAGAAUUGUGUUUAUGCUAACAUGGUGUCAGACGGGAAAGACUAUUGAGUUAAAUAUGUUGUAACAUUAUUC